AUGUUGUGUCUGAGAUUCACCAGGGGCCCUGUUGUAGGUAUCCAGAAUCGUUUUUUUUCCAGUUCGAGGGUACUUCAGAAAGCCAAUGAAGAUGGCCAUCUUAAACCGGCACCGUUCAAUCCACGUCAUUUGGGUGUUGCUAAUGAAGUUUAUAUCCCUCCAUCUUAUCAAAACCUUCCAAGUGUAUUCUCAUCUCCAUUGGUAGUGACUAGAGCAUUAAUUAGGAGGAUGUAUACUUUUGGGUUAAAUACGGUCCAAGUGGCUCUCUUUCGCUACCAAUCUGGUAUUAAACCUAAGUUCCUGUUGUGGAAAAAUAAAGCCAUAGAGUCGUACGUGAAUGUUAAUAAGGGAUUUGCUAGCAAAAAUAUUGAUUCGGUAGCUCCAACUGUUUCAAUUUGGGUGGAAGAGGCUUUGCGUGUUAGAGCAAGACAACUGCCUAAAGGCACACAGUUCGAAUGGGAAUUAAUUAAAUUCAACGAGAUUCCAAAGUUGGCAUCUACUCAGGCUCUAAUGAUACCAGGCAGACCUUUAGAGAUGAUCCAAUUAAUUUACAAAUUCAAUACCAAACAAAGAUUGAUCAGAUUGGACAAAAGUACCGGGAAAGCGGACAAAGUUCAUAGAGAUCUUGUUGAUUAUGUAGCGUUUCUUUGCGAUGCCUCCACCAAUGAUAUAUAUUUGAUUGGCUCUGUAUUUGAAAGUGCUCCUGAAGCAAAACUUCCGGCUGCUAUGGACACGGAUACCAAAGCUCUAAUUGAAACGAUGAAGAUCAAUGGUGACAUAUAUAGGGAACAACCUACAGCGAAGAAGGGAACCUAA